GACUCUGCACCGUUUCCCUCUGUAGCUGAGUGAGAUUCUGCUCAAACUUGUGGAUAGUUUUCAUUUUAACCCCGGGACACAUCAACAGUUUCAUGCAUGUGGUUAUAUUUCUAUUCAGUAAACUCCUCCGUUUGCCCUAAACGUCUUCGUACCCAAACUGCUGACCUUCUCGAAGACCUGCGUGCCGCGUACAACUCAACUCACAACUCAACCCUAAACAUUUGGCCAGGAUGGACCAGCUCUGAUGUCAUUAUAAUGGCCUAUAACUUUUUUUCUCGCGAUUGGGAGCAACUAGUUGCCAGUUUAUUAUAACAAAAGAUAUCUCUCCGUCGCGCGCCAGCCUGCUUUUACGCGCAACGAUGAGCUCGGAGAAGCCGAACUUUCUCUCGCAGCCCGUUGUGAAGAACAUUUUCAUGUUCCGAAACGGUGAUCCUUACUACGAGGCUCGCCGCAUUGUGAUAAACCAAAAGAGGGUGUCCAACUUUGAGACUCUGUUGAGAGAGGUGACCGGCGGGAUACAAGCCCCGUUUGGAGCGGUGAGAAACAUCUACACGCCGAGAGGAGGCCACAAGGUGGACUGCUUGGAGAGCCUGCAGAGCGGGGAGCAGUACGUCGCUGCUGGGAGGGAGCGAUUCAAAAGGCUGGAUUACCAACAGAUUGGCUCAAGAAGGAAGAGGAGGAUGCAGACUCUUCCUAUGCAGGCCAGACCGCUGCCACCAAAUCGAAUCAUGGUGUCAGCUCGAUUCCUAAAACCCAUCAAGGAGCCAUGUACAAUAUUUGUGGUAGCAAAUGGCGAUGUCUUGAACCCCGCCAUGAGGCUGCUAAUCCAACAGAGGAUGCUUGGCCAGUUUGACAAAAUACUAGAGAUGAUCACGGAGAAGAUGGGUUUGAAAGUCCUGGGGGGUGUUAGAAGUUUGUACACCUAUGAAGGCCACCAGGUAACUGAUGGGAAUCAGCUGGAAGGCGGUCAGCUUUAUGUGGCUGUGGGAAGAGAAAGGUUUAAGAAGCUGCCCUAUAGUGACCUACUCUUCACUAAACCCAGAGGGACAAGGAGGGUCAGUGGCAUGAAAGCUUACUCUCUACCACCAAUCUACAGAUUCUCCAAGCAAAAUGGAAAUAGUAAGUCUAUAGUCAGAAGCAGUGAUAGUGGUGAUGGAGACUCCAAGGCCUCUCCUCCGGGCUACAAUGGUAACAAUAGUAAGGAGCACCUGUCCUCCAUUGUCAGAGAGAUCUCUCAGGCCAGACUCAUCUCCCUCAGGAAGAAGAGAAGUGGACAAAGCAUGACCCUCGGCGUGUCUGACUAUGAUGACACAGAAUCAAAGACUGAAGACACAAAAUCCAAAACCUCUCAAGACCAGCUGGCUGAAGAGAAACCUGCAGGUGAGGAUGCAAAGGCCACAGAGGAGAAUGGUGAAAGGGAGGCACAGAAGGAAGAGGCUGCUGCCGCUGAAAACACCACGGCAGAAGACACUAGCAAAGAGGAAAAGAUGGGAAACCAGGAGACAAACGGUGAAAAAGAGGGAGGGGAAGAGAAGAAAGAGACGGUAGAAGAAGAAGUGAAGGAGGAGGUCACGGAUGAGAGUAAGGAGCAGGUUAAGAGCGAGGAGCAGGGGUCCAGCGGUAGCAACAUUGAUAAGUCCCGGAACAGUCAAGAGAAAAAAGAUGGGGGCCAUACAUCUUCUGAGGGUGAAAAGGAUGAGCAAGACAAAAAUAUAGAAGAAGAGAAGCAAGAUAAAGACAGUGCAGAGGGGGAGAAAAGCAGUGAGGACCAAGUUAAUGAUGUAGACACGGGGGAGGAACAGAAAGAGACAGAAAACAGCAAUGACCCGGGGAAGACUCAGUCAGAUAACGAGACAAAAGAGAACAAAAGCGGCAGAAGUAGCAGUAGCAACAGUAACCAGGAAGAAGAUGUGGGCAAAACAAAAGAGGGAGCUACCAAAGAGUCAGGAGAAGAGGAGAGAAAGGUGAACGGAGAGGUAAGUGGAGAAGAUGAUGAGGUGGAAAGUGAAGCAGAGCUUGACACGGAGGAGAAAAACUCAGCCAGACACAAAGAUGCCACAGCAAAUGGAGAGAAAGGGUAGGAUAAUGGUAAAGACAACCAAGAUAAAAGCAGGAAAGGGAAGAAUUAGAAAAAAGAAAGAGAAAAUGGAGUUGAUAGAUGAGCCGUGCUGAAAAUAGUAAGCAAUAUUUUACAAUGCAAUCUAAAAAUAAUGAAGGUGGCAGAGCAGAUUCACAGAAAGCAAAGCCAAGACAUAUUCAGAGAUAUUUUCUACUAGAUGGUAUUGUAAAAUCUGCACUGAUAAGAGAGUGCCCAAUAUGGAGCCUCUAAUAGAUGUUUUGCAUGGCUGACCGCUAAAUUAUGUCCAAAAGUAAAAAAAAAAAAAAAAA